ACGAGACUGUUUCAGUAACGCGGCGUUUGCUGAACGCAGCGCUACUUCCGUUCUCCCAUCAUCUACCAGCAGCCGAAACCAACCAAAGGAUAGUUCCAUCCGGUGAGAAAACAACAGAAGAACACAAUGACGACCAGCGAUGAGAUGGGCAUGGGAGGCAACUUUUGCCAUGACCACAUCCAACAUCCGCUGAUGUGGUGCGACGAGAAGAAGCGUCUCGUCGAGCGAAAGAAUGCUGAAGAAAGUCUUCGGAUGUGGCGGCGACGCAAGGCAGAGGAAUGUGCCCGAAAGGAGAAGGAUAAACAGGAGUAUUACGACCUGUUUGUUCAGCAUUGUCCUUGGGGUCGACCUGGGGGUGGAGCACCCAACGUAGAGGUGCGCCGCAAGGACAUCACAGCCGUUGGCCUUCACUCCACACCCACUGUGACCACCGCCCACCGGAUGAACUCCCUGCAGCCAUGCCGCUACAACGAUUUCUUCUCCAUGAAGAACAAAUGCCACAACAAUCCGCUUGCCGCAUAUCACCACCACCACCACCAUGCCCCGCCCCCGCCGCCGGGCGGACGACUGCCACACGCCCACUCCGUGCACCACCUGCAGGAGAGCGGACCGAGGAGCAGCACAGUGACGAUUUGCGAACGGGAGAUCCCCCACAAGCCCGGAGCCGGAGUGGGCGUGGGCCUGGCCAAGAACGCCAACGGUGAGAGCCUCCACAUCCAGCUGAAAGAGCACCCCUCAAUGUCGUUUCGCAAUAAAGGCCACGUGGACAUCGAGCUGCGCUACAAGCCCUCGCCCCCCUGCAAGGGCAAGCCAAUCCUGGACAAGAUCGUGGUCAGCGAGAGCGAGCAGAGGAGCUGCCCGCUCCAGGAGAAGCUUGCGUCGCAGAAAAAGCGGCUACAGGCCAAGCUGGAAAAGCCGCCCUGCAAGGAACCCUGGGGCAAGGCGGGUCCUGGCGGCAAACCCUGGCGCAGUCCCAAGGAAGUGGGCAAUACAUUUAUGAAAUCGCUGGGAUGGACAAACAAGGAAAUGCUUAAGGAGCUGGACCAAGACAAUCCUGUUACUCCGGCGGAGAAAAAUACCUUCCGCAAGUCCCGGCCCUGCAAGCCACCAAAGCCACAGAGGUGCUGCGAUAUGUGCACCUGCAAUUGCCCCGCCAUGAAUGGCAGCCCGGGAAAGGGACCCCCGCCUCCGAUUCCGCCCGGAAAGAAGUGCCUGCCACCACCUGCCCCACCCAAGAUCCUGCACCACCUGAAACCGCAGGACUGCAAGCCGAUCAAGAUAUGUCCCCGAAUGGGACGCGGACACUGUCCGGGCAGCACCAGCACAGCCACGCCGGAUGUCAGUACCGCCGGUAACGGUGGCGGGCCGGGUGGCGAGGGCGGCGGUGUGGAGCUGGUGCCACUGCUGGCCCGCAGGAGGGGCAUGCACCGACCCAUCAGCCUCUCCAGCACGGAUGUGACCAAGAGGACGCCCUCGCACGAUAGGUACGCAUCCAAGCACACGCAAAAGAUCUGCCAGCAGGCCAAAAUCAAGUGCAUCAACAGCAUCAUCAAGAACAUCAGCCACAUGAAGCGGCUGCCCAAGAAUCUGAACUGCAAGCUGCAGUGUUGCAGUUGCGAUUGCCCCACGGCCAUAUCCAAGGGCUGCUGCCUCAAGCGGCUCACUCUGCACAUUCGCCAGGCUUAGACUCUCAACCCAUUCCAUGUAUCUCCUUUCCAUUUAAUUGCAAUUUCCAAAGUCCCUGUCCCAGCCCCAAAAACCCACCUAGUCCGUUUCUCAUUUGCUUGCUCUGCGCCAUAAGAAAAGUUAAGAAAACCAAUCCGCUUUCCAUUCUCCCCAGUCCCAUGAUUUGUGUCUAUCAUUUUGCCUUGUUAAUUGUUUCUCUACCCCCACUUCUUCUCGGCUCAUUCAGCAAGAAAAUAUCCAUUGUAAUACAAGUGAAAGUAUAGCAACCAAAAGAGCAAACCAAACCAAACCAAUAUCAAUACCAAUCUCACCAAAAACAAAAAACUGAAACUAAAAAAAAACCAAAAUCAUAAUACCAAUCUUCUAUGUAUCCCCGUGCAAAACGAACUGAACUGAACCGAAAAACAAAAAAAUUGCUAACAAUUUCGAAAAACCAAAAACAUCAAAACCCAAACGAAAAUCGAAAAAAUGCAUAAAUGAAAACAAUAACCAA